AUGGGACAAGUGACAAGUCAGCCAGCUCAGGGCCUGGAGGAAGGCAUCUCCCAGAUCACCUCCAAGAGCCACGUCUCGCCCAGCACCCUCAUCUGGAACUUCCCCAUCGACAUCACCUUCAAGAGCACCAACCCGUCGGGCUGGCCUCAGAUCGUGGUGAGUGUCUACGGACCCGACUUCUUUGGCAACGAUGUGGUCAGAGGUUACGGAGCCGUUCACGUUCCCUUCUCGCCCGGCAGGCAUACAAGAACCAUCCCUAUGUUUGUUCCAGAGUCCACAUCCAGGCUGCAGAAGUUCACAAGUUGGUUCACAGGGAGACGCCCAGAAUUUACUGACCCCAGAGUGGUAGCACAGGGAGAAGGAAGAGAAGUCACACGGGUACGAUCUCAAGGCUUUGUGACCAUCUCCUUCAACGUGGUGACCAAAGAUAUGAAGAAGUUGGGCUAUGAUGUCAGUCCAAGUGACACGCAGAACCCUCCUCUGGUGCCUGUUUCAGAAGGGCUUCAUAGGUACUGA